UCAAACACCGUAUAUGGUACGCUAAACACAUCCUGUACUAUUUUGUACAUUAUGGAAAACGCCCGCUUAAAAAUAAACGACAUUUGGAAUUUUCUCAAUUAUACUACGCCAGUUCGUUAGACUCAACUGUCCAUUGCUCAUCAAAGCAACCAUUUUUGUGAUUUGAGUUAUAAAAAAUGUGGAAAGAAGCAAUAAUUUGUAUAAUCGGUACUUUUUGUAUUUUGCAAAUAGUUGAUUCGCAUCCUUCAAUUGUAUCAACUAGUUUCGAUGCAAAAAAAGAAAAUCAGGAUGUAAAAUAUACUGUUUACCCUGAGAGUCAUGGUGACUCAAAAUUUUGUUUUAAACCAUCAAAAAUGGCAGACAAUUCGUAUAUGCCUUCAGUGGAAUUAAUAAUUGAUAGCUUUUUACCGUUUAAUCAAACAGAAAAAUCUUCUGAAAUUUUGGCACAGAAAGAAUCCUUUCUUUUCAUAGUACAGCCAUCGCAUUCAGAAUAUGCAGGUGAAGGAUUGAGACUGAUCACAUUAAGCUCAAACUUUUGCACAUCUUAUUUGUUUCUAUUUUUAAACAUAAUAAAUAUGGUGGGUGUUUUUAUUUUUUACUGUGUGAGCAAUUUGCAUUAUUUCUAUACAUGGAAGUCCAUAAAUAAAACUUCACAAAAUCUUAAGGAAAGUUACAAAGAAAAGAUAAAAUUAGUACUAAGUUGGCUGCUUAAUACUGUUCUUUGGAUUUUGUUAUCAUUUCUUGCAUAUACAAUGUGCAAUCUUUAUUUCGAAAAAGUCGAUUUCUUCUAUGAACAAAACGUUCGCUUUGAUGUUGAUCAAGAAUCAAUAUUAUGUUUAACGCCACAGCCAUUCGCAGAAAAAUUGGCUACAACUUUAUCCGAAAAGAGAAUAAAUGGCGCUGCAAACUUCAAUCAAACCGAUGAAUUUGUCCAAGAUUCCUAA